CUAAAAUAGUCUCUCUUCCUCCAACCUCUCCCCGAAAACCCUUUCCUCCAAUUUUUACUCUCCAUACGAAAAGCAUCCACCGCCCGCCGUCGUCCGCCGCGCUGCCAGCCGCAGUCGUGCGCCGCCCGCCUCCAGCCGCCGCGCGCGUCCAAUCUUGCUGGUCUUUGUGGGCUGGGGAAAGUCGACUAUGAUUGGUGCUUACAGGUUACUAUUUUGAAGAAGUGCUUGAAGAUCCUGCAUACUAGAAAUUUGGCCUAAUAUCAUCAACAUGCUGACAUGACAAUUCAAGUGGCACAGAGCUGCAAUGUUACACCACAGUUGCAAUGAAAGAUAGAAUGUAAAAAUGGUAAAUUUUUUUUGUGGAAUGUUACACUUUGACUCCCAAUGCUGAAGUCUUUCUUGCGUCGUUGAAGGGUUUUCAAAAAGUGUUGGCAGUCGCUGUAUACAAACAAUCUAAUAAUCGAGCUCUUGAUUGCAAAUAGCCAUUCCGUCGUCCUUCAAACUUGCCACCGAUAACUGUUCACAAAUAAUCAGAUCAUCAAGCUCUUGUCAAAUCACCGAAGUCGCAGCCCUCCUUUGUUGUUUUCCUUCAAACUCACCACUGUUACCACCCAACUUUUGCCAUUGCAAAGGUUGUUAGCCAUUGGGGGAUUCUGUUUUGAUUUCAAAUGAAAAUUUUGUGGGUGCGUGACAUAGAAGAGAAAAAGACAAAAGGCUAUAGUUCAUUCACUCUUCAAAAGUCCCAUUAGCCUUUUCUUUUUCGACCCAAUUGUCUCUAGUUUCUUUAUUUUUAGCUUUUCUUUGGCAAUUUUCACGUCAAAAAGUCUCUAAUGCGACAAACCUUCCAAAUUCGUCAUCUCAGCCUCAAGAGUCGACGUAUUCCUCUAAAUCUCUUUGGGCUUAGCCCGUUUCACACCCGGAAUGCAGAGAAACUUGGAUAUGACGAUGCACCUGAUCCUUCUUAUGUUGAUUUACCAAAACCCCGUGUAAGUGAGUCCAGUAGAAAACCCUAUCCCACUCCUAUGAAGGUUUUGAUUCAGAGAGCAAAAGAGGAGAGAGUAGCUAGAAAGGCUCAACCAUGUACGAUGGUUGAACAUCCACCUGAUAAUGGAUUGUUGGUGCCUGAUCUUGUCCACGUAGCUCACAGUGUCUACCUAGCUUGGAAAACGCUCCUCUUCGGUAUAUCAAGGCUUUUGGACGCCGUUCCUAUUCAAAGAUGCAGGUUCUGCUUUGAGGUUCAUAUUGGACAUGUAGGUCAUGAAAUUCGAACUUGCACUGGUGAAAAAAGCGGGUUUCGAAGUGCUACUCACAUAUGGAGGAAGGGGAGUGUUCAAGAUGUGGUGUUUUUCCCCAAAUGUUACCAUCUUUAUGAUCGUGCAGUGAAACCAAGAGUUGGACAUGAUGAGAAGCAUGACAUACCACGAAUACCUGCUAUAUUGGAGCUAUGCAUCCAAGCUGGUGUUGAUCUUGAAAAGUACCCUACUAAAAGACGAACAAAACCUGUAUACAACAUUGAAGGGAGAAUUGUAGAUUUCGAGUCGGUGAAGGAAAUGAAUGAGGUGAAGACAGGCCUUUCUACCAGGACUAGUGAUAAUUUUGUAAAAUCUGAUUUUGGGAUAGAACUUGAAGGAACCAGUAAGUCUUCCUUCUUAAGGAAACUUAGUAAUACUUUGGAUCAGCAGUAUGAAGUAGACACUGAGGUAAGACAAUUAAGCAUUCAAACACUGGACUCAUGGCUUGAAAUGGUAUCAGGAGCAAAGAAAAUAAUGGAAAAGUACAUGGUGCAAACAUGUGGAUACUGUCCUGAGGUACAGGUUGGUCCUAAGGGGCAUAAAGUGAGAAUGUGUCGAGCUUCAAAGCAUCAGUCUCGCAACGGAUUGCACGCAUGGCAAGAAGCAAUGAUAGAUGAUCUUGUAGGUCCAAAUUAUGUAUGGCAUGUGAGAGAUUUGGAAGCGCCUCCAUUGGAUAACAAGUUGAAGAGAUAUUAUGGCAAAGUUCCAGCUGUGGUUGAACUUUGUGUUCAAGCAGGAGCACCUAUUCCUGAUCAGUAUAGGAGCAUGAUGAGGUUAGAUGUCGUUUGUCCUGAUAGUGAUGAAGUGGAUCUUGUUGCUUGACUUGGCUCUUAAAAAUCGUAAUCAUAAUUGUCAAAAUGAGGAUUUUGUAAAGUGUCUGCUCACAUUGAGAGAGGUGUUGCAUUCAACCGUAUGCGGAGUUGGAGAUCAGAUUUGGCUGUGCAAGCUCCACGGCUUGUUAUGAAUAUGGCCUGUGAUCUGAAUGGAGGAACCAUUGGUUGGUCAGAUCACUUUGGUUCUACACAUCUACUUGCAUCUUCACGAUGUUCAAUCCAAGUUCUUUGAUAUUCCAUCUAAGACAGUGGCCAAAAUGCUUUUUAUCUCUUCCUUUUAAUUGUGUAUUUUGUACAUUAGGUUUUAUGAUGUAUACUUUUGGAACAAUAAAAUAUAUCUUUGAUUUGGGAUA